AUGUCGCCAAGAUACGACAGCGAAGCUCCAGCCCCGUCUCAAUCCCCGGAGUCCAGCCCCGAAGCCCGCGGACCGGCACUGCCGCAGCAGUUAAAGUCCAGCCUCAGGCCGCACGAAAGUCAGGAGAUUGUGUACGUACUUUCGAAUCCAGGCCAGCAGGUGUCAGCUUCAAACAGGAUAGCCAAGAAAUCAGACAUAAAAAAAAGCAAAAAGAAAAAAAAGCGGCCACCAUGCCAGGUCCACGACGCUCACCGAAAAGAAAAAGCCGAUAAGUCAUCCUCCGAGAGCGACGAGGAAUGCAACUUGGCUACGCCUUUCAUCUGGACAAUGGGAAUGAUUCAAAAGCUGGUGCAUUUCUGCACAGAAGAGCCGCCUCGCUGAUACACCAAGGACCGGCUUUUAUCGCCAUGAAGAUUGUAUGAAUAAACGGUGC